GCCAUCUUGAUCUUGCCAUUACAUGACCAUGUCGCCUGCUUUGAACACCACCACACCUGCAGCAGAGAAGAAGACAGCUGUGAAGACUUCGUCGAUCCUUCAUCGGACACCAUGGACGCCUCCAGUUGCUAUUUCGGCUGAGGGCAUCUAUAUCACGCUGGAAGACGGACGUACUGUCAUCGAUUCUGUCGGGGGUGCUGCUGUUGCAUGCAUCGGGAACGGGAACCCCUUAGUGAAGCAGGCCAUCAAAGAUCAAGUCGAGAAAGUGUCCUAUGUGUACAACAUGCAAUUGUCCAAUCAGCCUGCGGAGGAACUUGCCAAGGUACUGAUUGAAUCGAGCAAUGGCGCAUUUGAUUUAGUUGGCUUCGUCUCAGGAGGUUCUGAGGCGAUGGAGGGUGUCAUAAAACUCUCCAAGCAGUAUUACUUCGAACAAGGCCAGCCUCAACGCACAAACUUCAUCUCUCGAAACUUAUCCUACCAUGGGAACACGGUCGCCACUCUAUCUCUGUCUGGACAUCCCGCUCGCCGUGCUCCAUACGAAGCUAUCUUGAGUCACGACAACUUCCAUCACGUCUCUCCUGCGUACGCGAAGCGGUUCCAAAGAUCUGACGAGACUGAGGAGCAGUACGUCGAGAGACUCCGACAAGAACUAGAGGAUAAAUUCAUCGCAUUGGGUCCAGAUACCGUUAUUGGAUUUGUAGCAGAGACGGUAGUCGGUGCGACGACAGGUGCCCUGGCUGCUCCCAAGGGAUAUUUCAAGGUGAUGAAGUCUGUUUGUAAGAAGUACGGAGCCCUGUUCAUCCUGGAUGAGGUUAUGAGUGGGAUGGGACGCAUGGGAACGCUACAUGCAUGGGAGAGUUUCGGUGAUGGUGAGGCGCCCGACAUUCAGGCCGUGGCAAAGGGUCUAGGUGGAGGUUAUGCGUCGAUUGGAGCUGUCCUCAUGUCGAAGCAAGUCGCAGACGGGGUGCGUGACGGUUCCGGCUUCUGGAAGCAUGGGCAUACAUAUCAGGCCCACCCUCUUGCUUGCGCUGCUGCCCUAGCCGUGCAGAAAGUAAUCGCGUCGGAAAAUCUUUUGGAGAACUCUCGCGUUCAAGGACAGUACCUGGGAUCUCUUCUCCGCUCUCGCCUCCAAUCUCCAAAUUCUCUGGCCGCACCAUUUACGUUCGACGUGCGUGGUGGUGGCUGCUUCUGGGCUGUCGAAUUCGACUUCACUGUCCCCGAGGCAUCGAAGGCAGAUCUAAAGGGCAAAGCAUUUGCUAUGGUUGUUCAGGCGCGGUGCUUGGAGAAAGGCUUGAUCGUGAUGGGUAUGACUGGAGGUGCUAAUCUGGAGGGUACCAAGGGGGAUCAUUGCAUCUUUGCACCUGCGUACAACGUGACAAAAGAAGAGUUAGAGAAGAUCGUGGACAUCUUCGUAGAUACUGUUGAGGAGCAAGCCAUCACGCAGCCCUCGUCGUCCGUCGCAGCACCGGACACCACCAGAACCUUGAGAUCGAGCACCCGAGCAAAGGCAGCGAAGAAGGAGAAAGACAAGGACACAUCCGACAAAGCCACCGUAUCCCCUUCGGAGACCUCUACUCGCCCUUCCCGCCCCUUCACCUCGAAGCGCGCACGCGAUCCGUCAGGGAAAGGCAAGGCCAAAGAAGCCCCAGAGGAGUCCUCCGCCCGUUCAGCCAAGAAAGCCCGCAAGGCAACCCAUCCUGUCACUGCCUCUGGCCUUACUAUCAACGAACCUGUCCGCGAUAUCAAGGGGAAGAAGCGUGCUGCACCCGAAGCCUUCCCCGAAGAAGAAGUUCAUACUACUGCCUCUGGCCCCUCGAAGCGUCCCCGAACCACCGCAUAUUCCCUCCGAUCCCGAACUGACACUGUCACCAACGAAAUGCCCAAGAAGCCAAGACAAUCUGUAGCGAAAGGAAAGGCUGCGUCUAAGAGCAAGCUCAUGGCGGCAGCAGGGCCUUCACGACUCGAAGACGAAGACGUCGAGAUGAUGGACGUUGAAUUUAAGCACGAAGGGUCGGAUCAUGAUGAUGGGGCUGAUGAAGCGGACGGGGAUGAAGGACUUGGAGGUCCAGGAGGGCGGGAUGAACCGGGGGACGAAUUGGGAGACGUUAAUGGCGGAAGUUCGGGGAGAGGAAUAAGAGGGACGGACGAAUCUUCCUCCAUGGGAAUGUUUGCUGACUAUCGGCAGCUCGGAUCGUACAUGAUGUCGCUUAACUCGCGAUUGAAGACGAUGCUGAACAAUAUCAAACUGACAGCCGACCCUACCACCCGUCUCGUAACAUUACAGGAGCUCAGCGAACUGCUGAGCAUUAGCACAGAAGAUACUCUGGCUGGCUCUUUCCAAGUAGAUUCGUUUGUGCGAGAACUGGUCAAAAUUCUCGGAGGGACGGGCGGUGAAGGUGACGACGACGACGACGGGGAUGACGAUGGGCCUCAAGACGAGGAUGCUGCGCUUGCUGCUGCUCUUGCCCUCAGCGGCGGCACGCAGUAUCAAGGCGACGAUAAUCUCGAGGCACAGGUCUUGGCUGCACGUUGUCUGGCGAAUCUUAUGGAAGCGCUCCCUGGCGUGGCUCAUACCGUUGUCUAUCAUGGUGCGAUCCCUGUCCUGUGCAGCAAGCUCAUCGAGAUCUCGUACAUCGACCUCGCAGAGCAGACUCUCAGCACGCUGGAGAAGAUUUCUGAGGAGUUUCCUAGUUCGAUCGUCCGCGAGAACGGUCUUGCUGCUCUACUGAACUAUCUUGAUUUUUUCUCCAUCGCUGUCCAGCGUACGGCUCUCCAGGCGGCAGCGAACUGCUGUCGUAAUGUUCCACCAGAACAUUUCCAGAUGAUUCGUGGAGUCUGGCCUAUCAUUCGCAACUGUCUUGGCUAUUCAGACCAGCGUCUUGUCGAAUUUUCCUGUCUCUGUGUCAUCCGCGUCAUUGACUCGUAUUAUCGCUCUUCUCCCGAGAACCUGGAGUUCCUCGUUGAUGCCGAGCUCAUUAGGGCUGUCAAUCUCCUUCUGCUUCCUGCUGGUGGCUCUCCCUUGAUCGCUUCAAAUACUUACACGCUAUUACUCCGUGCUUUGGCAACCUCUGCUAGGGCGAGCGCAAUCAUCACAGUGGUUCUGCUCGAAGCCGGGAUCGUCGAUACAUUGUACCAAAUUCUUACUGGUGUUUUGCCGUCAUCGACUCCCGAGAUCGAGGAGCAGAUCGAUUCGUCUAGUGGGCAAGGCUUAGGAGGGGGGUUGACCGAUAUGACUGUGAUGCAGAACUUGGCGCACAGGCCGAAAGAUCAAGUGGAAGAAGCUUUGAGUCUUGUCUCCGAACUUCUCCCGCCACUACCGAAAGAUGGUGUUUUCGACCACAGAGGAUAUACGGAGAAGGCCCUCGCUAAGUUAGCCAAGGCCAAGGCUAAGUCUGACCGUGCAGCAGCUCGUCAAGCUGCGCUUGUUCCCAUCAAUAUUUUGAUGGGUCUACCAGCUUCGACAUCGUCCACUCCUACUAUCGCGUCGGAGGCCCCGACACCGACACCUGCUCUUGUCGAGAACGUAUCAGAGAAUCAGCCACAAGAAGGAGACGAUUUCUUCGUAUCCGUGCCGCUUUCCAAAGACACAUCCCCCGAUCGUACAGAAAUGCUGCGCACAAAACCAGAAGCUGUUGGAUUGUUCAUGCAACACAUGGUCCCUAUACUUAUUGAUGUCUAUGCUGCGAGUGUCACGGCCACGGUGAGAAUCAAGACCUUGACAGGCUUGUUGAAGGCAAUCAGCUUCAUGGACGGGGAGGAGGCGAAACGGGUUUUGACCUUUGUUCCUGUGGCCAGCUUUGCAUCAUCUAUCUUGUCCUCGAAGGACCAUCCAAAUCUAGUCAUCGGUGCGCUUCAACUUGUCGAGUUGCUCCUUGUCAAGGUUCCGGAAGAAUACCAGCCUGCAUUCCGCAGAGAGGGCGUUUUUCACGAAAUUGAGAACCUUGCAUCCCGAAGUCUCACUUCCUCGCGGUCGAAAGAAAAGGACAAGGACAAAGACUCGUCGGAUAGCUCGACGGUCCCUGAGUCUAACGCUCCCCCUCCUAUACCGAUUCCAGCAGCGUUAGCGGCCAGUAUGCCAGGCUUCAAAAAGUUGUCGUCAAUGUCGUUAGAUCCAGAGGAUGCUGUCACGCUGCGUGCGCGAGUCAUACGCUUCAGGUACCUUGCGUCCACAGAGAGUGCUGAGGGAGACGAUGUGCUCUCAACAUUGCGGCGGUUGGCCGACAGGAUUGUCGAGCCAAAGGCGACGGAGAAGGAGUCGAGCAGUGCCGUUCGGGAGCUUGCUGCACUCUUUGCAUCUGCUCAUACAUCCGUGUCAAGUUUCGAGCUGUUGCAAAGUGGAGUAAUCGAUUCGCUGUUGCAGUUUGCAACGGACAAGGAGAGAAAUCGCAAGUCAAAAUCUUUCACAGUUGCAGCACGUCAAGAACUCCUUUUUAAUGCCUUCACAGCUCGGAAGGCAAAAAGCUCUAGUGGUGUCCAGACACCGCUUGUGGUAUUUGUGAAGAAGCUACAAGAGAGUUUGACACGGAUGGAGUCUUUUGAUGUCGUUACAGUGACUCAGGGAAUUGACGGUAUGAUUCGUCACGAUCUUGAAACACAUACUUGGUUAAGCGGACUUAACAAUCGACCUUUAGACUCCAAACGGAGUUCGCCUUCGUUACUCGCUCGUCAACUUCGUCUUCGGCUAGUAGGCGCUGACGGCUCAGAUAUACCUCGUAAUUUCAACAAUAUUGUCGUGUCAAUACAUGCCAUCGCCACCUUCCAAGCUCUCCACGAUUAUCUCCGACCACGCGUUGCUGGGCUGAUGUUCAACGGCUCACGACUUUCCGGCAUGUUGGCUGCAUUGACCUCUGGCCUUGGACCUAGCGGGUCAUCCAGCGCUGCGGAGCCCCGGACCAAGCCAUUAGCAGAGAUGAAUGCACCUGGUACAUCUGCAUCUGCUCCUCCAUCCGAUCUCGGAAAGCGACGUAGUCUCCGUUUGAGUGCCAAGAAUGGUGGUACAUCUGGACCUACGGAUGGCGGUCCUGUUGGUCUCCCACAACCAGUAACCGCAAUGGACGACGUUGGACACUCCAGCCAAGAGUUAUCGUCCGGAAAUUCUGUUUCAGAAGCUCUCACAUCUGCCCUCGGAGAGCCAGCAUUGAGUGAGACUGUCGUAAAUGAGGAGGCAGACUUCGCUGCAGACUUCACGGAUGAUGAGGUUGACGCGGAGGUGUUCGAUGAGGAAAUGGACCCAGAUAACUCAGUGACCGAAAAGACUGUGACGCUCUCUGUGGCUGAUGAUGGAUCUAAAGUUGAGGCACAAACGCCUGACGGCACUCGUGUGGGUACACCGGGUGCAGCCAAGGAAGCGCCCCCAAUAUCUACUUUGCGCAAUACAUCAAACAAGGGGAGCUAUGCUUCAGCAGUCAAAACCAAACCAGCAGACUGGCAUCUCGAAUUCUCUAUGGAUGACCAUAUCCUUCCUCUUGAUCUCACCGUUUACGGUGCUAUACACCAGCAUGAGGUUCGGAAGAAAGCGACAGGCUCCGCAUCACAGUCGCAGCUUCCAUCCAACCUCCUUUGGCAAGGCGUAUACACUGUGAAGUUCAAAAAAGUGCCUGGCCCGGCGCCAUCGUCUGAAGGUCGGGGUGAAGGCUUAGAUACAUCAAGAAGCCGGUCGCCAACACCAACCCUGUCAUCACUCCCGGACGAUGCCCCGCAUGCAAAGAUUUUACGCCUUCUCCGCGUCCUACACAAGUGGAAUGUCAAUGAGGCCGAACGCUCAGGCCUUGUCAAGAGAAACCUGCCCGAUUCGGCGUUUGUGAAUAAUAAGCUGACUGCCAAGUUGACACGCCAACUGGAGGAGCCGAUGAUCGUCGCGAGCCAAUGCUUGCCAGAUUGGGCUCUUGAUUUACCUCAACAUUUUCCUUUCUUGUUCCCCUUCGCGACCCGCUACAGCUUUCUACAGUCCACCUCAUUCGGCUAUGCCCGUCUUAUCCUCAAGUGGCAGAGUCAACAGAGCCGAGGGCAAGACAGCUCACGUCGUGAUGAUGGUGUUGGCUUCUUGGGCCGCCUCCAACGCCAGAAAGUACGGAUCUCGCGUAAACACAUUCUCGAAUCUGCCAUGAAGGUAUUUGAACUGUAUGGCUCCUCCUCAUCUAUUCUCGAGGUAGAAUAUUUCGAAGAGGUUGGUACGGGUUUAGGGCCUACCCUGGAGUUCUAUUCCCUUGUGUCAAAAGAGUUUGCGAGAAGAGAUUUGAAGAUAUGGCGCGAUGAAGAUUCGAUGAAGACAGGAGUAUAUGUCUUCCAUCCAUGCGGGCUUUUUCCCGCACCAAUCAGCCCCCAAGAUAUCGCUAACGACGGUGGACAAAAGAGGACCCACAUCUUCCGAGUGAUCGGGCAAUUUGUCGCGAAGGCUUUAUUAGAUUCUAGGAUCAUUGAUAUGUCAUUCAACAAAGUCUUCGUCAGACUCGCGCUCGGGGAAGAAGUCCCUUUGACACUUGACACACUCAAGCUUGUCGAUCCCGACUUGGCAACCUCACUAGAGAAGCUCCAUUCUCUGGCGGGCGCGACCGUUAACAGCUCACGGGACAAGGUAUAUUUGACCCCCGCCACAUCAUUGACCACAGAACCUGAUCGUGAAAACAAGUUGCACAAGGUCGUGGAUGACCGAGUCAAGAUUGAAGAUUUGGCAUUAGAUUUUACCAUCCCUGGGUAUGACAUCGAGCUGAGACCCGAAGGUAAAAACAUGACCGUAACCGCGAGCAACGUCGAAGAAUACAUUCACGAGGUCAUCGAUGCAAUCGUUGGGCAUGGUGCCAAACUGCAGACUAAGGCCUUCCGGGAGGGAUUCUCUAAAGUCUUCCCCAUUGCCGACCUGCAGGCUUUCAGCAUCGAUGAACUAGUCAUGUUGUUCGGCAACGCUGAAGAAGAUUGGAGCCGUGAAACGUUGAGUGAAUCCAUCAAAGCAGAUCAUGGUUUCACUGUCGAGAGUCGGGCGAUCCGGGACUUGAUUGAUAUCAUGUCAGACUACGAUCUCCCAACUCGCCGCGAGUAUCUCCAGUUCCUUUCCGGUAGUCCUAAGCUGCCCAUUGGAGGUUUCCGUGGUUUGAAUCCUCCAUUGACGGUUGUACGGAAGCCACACGAGGCUCCUCUAUCCGCCGAUGACUAUCUCCCAAGUGUGAUGACGUGUGUGAACUACCUGAAGCUGCCCGAAUACAGCUCGAAAGAAUCUAUGCGAGAGAAGUUACAGCUGGCGAUGAGGGAAGGCGUUGAAUGCUCAUCCAUCGUGGUUAUACAACAUAAUUCGUUCUACGGACUUUCUUCGAUAUGUUUUAUGUCUCUGUACGAUACACAAAUGAACAUCAAAAUCCGGAUGACCGAGACGCUGAGUCAGCGAUUGUUAAUUAGUUCCGCUACCAUGUCCAAACAUCAUCCGGACGCCAGCCGGGGAUUGCCUUGGGAUUUGUUGCAGCCAUCGGCCGCCUCUGCGAAAAGUGUGAUGGAAAGUGCCCCGUCUGUGAUUCGUAUGUGCGGCCAGAGACCCUUGUACGGAUCUGCGACGAAUGUAACUUUGGGACAUACGGAGGACGAUGUAUCAUAUGCGGUUCUCCUGGAAUCUCCGAUGCAUAUUACUGUGCUGAAUGUACGAGACUAG